UCAGAGAGUAGUUCUGUAGCUCGCAUCACCAGCUUAUCUGGGGAGGCAUGUGGAUAUAAGGCGAUAACGGAAGGAUGGUUGCACUGUAUGAUAUCAAACUUGGCGGAGGCGUGUUCGCGUUAUCCCCGACUAUAUUUGUUUUAUUGGUCUGACCUUUACGCCAAGAUAUUAACUGUGUAACGACUCUGUUCAUUGCGUCUUGAAACUUUGAAGAAUCAACAUGGCACUCUACAGCAUCAAGAACAACCUGCAGCUGGCGACCCUGAAGACCCUCUCCCUGGUCUCCAUCAGCGUCAUGUCCCCGCAGCAGAGCGUCCAAGAGCUGUUCCGUACUGCUGACUGCGUCUGCUUCGAUGUAGACUCAACAGUCAUCAGAGAUGAGGGCAUUGAUGAGCUGGCCAGGUUCUGUGGCAAAGGCGAGGAAGUUAAGAGAUUAACGGCUGAAGCUAUGGGUGGCAGCAUGACCUUCCAGGAGGCUCUGAAGAAAAGAUUAGAUAUCAUCAGGCCGAGCGUCAGCCAAAUCAGAGAGUUCGUUGAUACUUUCCCGAACCAUCUCACACCGGGAAUAGCACAACUAGUAAAGACACUUCAGGAGCGCGGCGUGCAAGUAUACCUCGUGUCCGGUGGCUUCAGAUGUCUCAUCGAGCCCGUCGCUGCACAGCUCAAUAUUCCCAGCAAUAUCUUCGCCAAUAGACUCAAGUUCUACUUUAAUGGAGAAUACGCUGGUUUCGACGAGAACGAACCCACCUCCCGAUCAGGCGGCAAAGGGCUCGUGAUCAGACGGCUAAAGGAACAGUUCGGGUACCAGAGGGUCAUCAUGAUCGGAGAUGGUGCCACUGAUGCUGAGGCUAGCCCGCCUGCCGACGGCUUUAUUGGUUUUGGUGGCAAUGUCCUAAGAGAGGAGGUCAAAAGGAGGGCGUCCUGGUACGUGACAGACUUCCAAGAACUCAUCGCUUCGCUCACGCUGCAAACUAAGUGAACACCAAAUAUAGGCUAAUUUGCGCAAUGAAAAUUGUACCUUAGUUCUUCGAACUAGAGGCCUUUAGAAUGACAUUUUAGUAACAAGUUCUCACUAAGUAAUAUCGUACUGAACCAGUAUUAGGUAUUUAAAUAAAAACGUUUAGGUCUAGUUUUAAAUUAUCAUUUUGAAACAUUUGUAACGUUUCAUUAAAAGAGAUAGUGAAUAAAAAUACUAUGAUUGUAUUUUAUUCUCGUUCUGACUAUAAUGAAUAAAUUUAGAUUUUUUAUCGGCUAUAUUACUAGAAAAUUACCUAGUAAAGUCUGGCCAAUUUAUUGGUUGAGUAUGACAUUACUGUCUCAGUAUUGACUCACAGCAUUUUGGUAGUUCGGCCUCCGUUAUUAAGAGCUGAUUUCGAUUGUGCAUUUAUUGUUGACGUAAUUUAAAAAUGUGAUGGUACUUUGAGUACAAGAUCAAUGCUUUAUUUUAGAUCAAUAUUUGCGGGACUUAGUCCCGUUAGAUGUUUUGUACAAAUAUGUCAAUAUUAAUUAAUUUAAAUUAGGUUAAUAUUGUAAAUAAUUAUUUAGGAUAAAUCCAUGGUGCUUCCAUCAAAGUAUCAAAUGUAACUAUAAUAGUAAAAAUUAUAUUUUUAAUUUUGUAUGUUCAUUAGGUUAACAAUGUGCCUGUUCUUUCAAUGAGAAGUGUUUUAUUUUUAUAUCUUAACAUUGUAUGUUAAACUGUUAUUUGACUUAUUUAUUUACUCAGAUUUUAACAUGGUUUUACGUUAUGCCCGUUGCAGAUUAUGCAGUUCGUUAUACAUAUAAACUAUUUGACUACCUUUAACGUAUACGUUUUUAUGGAUAAUGGCAAAUAUGGCUGUGUACUUCAAAUGUAAGGAAUUAAAAGAUAUGUUAAGUUUACAGUUA